GAACCGGGGCCCGUUUCUCUGCCUGCAGCCUCCUUCCUGUAGCCCGGUCGAGGAAGUGAAUUUCGCUGACAGGGCUGGGUUCAGUGAGGGUGAGGCGAAAACAAAAAAAAAACAUCUUCCGCUGGGGGGGUCAAAAACACAAGGCGACGAACAGCAAAACACCCGUGAGGAGCGAGGAGCGACUCGAUAAACCUGCAGCGAAGCUAAGGCGUCCAGACGUCGGUGAAUCCGUGCUCCCCUGCCCCGCUGAGACCGUCGCAGACAUGAGUGACCAGCAGCUAGACUGUGCUCUGGACCUGAUGAGGCGUCUACCGCCUCAGCAGAUCGAGAAGAACCUCAGUGACCUCAUUGACCUGGUGCCCAGUCUGUGUGAGGACCUCCUGUCCUCUGUGGACCAGCCCCUGAAGAUCGCCCGGGACAAGGUGGUGGGGAAAGACUAUCUGCUCUGUGAUUACAACCGAGACGGCGACUCCUACAGAUCCCCAUGGAGUAAUAAGUAUGAACCUCCCAUUGAAGAUGGUGCGAUGCCUUCAGCUCGCCUGAGGAAACUCGAGGUCGAAGCCAAUAACGCCUUUGACCAGUACAGAGACCUGUACUUUGAGGGUGGAGUGUCCUCUGUUUACCUCUGGGACUUGGAUCAUGGCUUCGCUGGAGUUAUUCUCAUCAAGAAGGCUGGGGACGGAUCCAAGAAAAUCAAAGGGUGCUGGGACUCCAUCCAUGUGGUGGAGGUGCAGGAGAAGUCCAGCGGCCGCACUGCUCACUACAAACUCACCUCCACUGUCAUGCUGUGGCUCCAGACAACCAAGACAGGCUCUGGCACCAUGAACCUGGGCGGCAGCCUCACAAGACAGAUGGAAAAAGACGAAACGGUUGGAGAAUCCUCACCCCACAUCGCCAACAUCGGCCGCCUCGUUGAAGAUAUGGAGAACAAGAUCCGCUCCACACUGAAUGAAAUCUACUUUGGGAAGACCAAGGACAUCGUCAACGGCUUAAGAUCUAUUGAGUCUUUGCCUGAUAACCAAAAGUACCGGCAGCUCCAGAAGGAGCUGUCGCAGGUCCUCACCCAGCGUCAGAUCUUCAUUGACUAGGGUCAGAGGAGUGUUCAGACUCUGGCUGACAAGUCAAAGCAGGAGGCUCUGAAGGUCGACUUGAUGGUGGCACUCAAACGCAAACAACACAGCUAGAGAUGCUACUGUCUAUUUUUGGGUUUAUCUUUCUUUCUGAUUUCUCUCACUCUCUCCGCCUCAUCUCUGCCAUCUUUUCUUUGUUUCUUUACGUCUCUCCCUCCAUGCCUGUUUCAGUGCUGCACUCUGGUUUAUUUGUGGGAAAAACAAAAAAAGGAGAAAAUGCUUAGCUUUUUAUUUGUUUUUGUUAUGUGAUAUUUUUUUUUUCUGUCUGGUUCUGUUUUCAUGCAUCUCAUCUGCCAUGAAGCCAUUCACUCCCACUGUCCCCCUCUAUUCUCUGUCUUUUCUCCCCCAUGUUAUGAAUAUAAUGAUAGUAUUACCACGGUUAAUGAUAAUCUUACAGUGUGAGGGUCAUUGUUAUAAUAAUCCCUGAAGUUUCACAGUUGAUGUGUCCCUAGUCACUUGCGAAAUAAUCAACUUUGGCCCUGCUCUUCCUCCGUGGUGAGGAAAUGGACAUAGACGGUAGUUAAGAGGCUGCCAUUAUUAUGUACAUCAAAUUUAUCUCUUGCACCUAUUUUGUCUAUGACAUCCCCCUGAUAUAUUUGUAUGAAAUUAUAACUGUCCAUGUUUAACUGUCAUGUUCUGGCCGUUGUAAACGGUGCCAACACGAGGGUGACCUUCAGUUUUGAAGGUGGUUGUCUUUUUUAAUUUACCUUCCACUCUGUCCGCAUGCACGAGAGCCUGUGUGGGAGCAUGGGGCCGCAAUCAGUGAAAAUGUAGACGUACUAAACAUGGGGAUAGACUGUUCUAAUCACCGGGUACACCCUCGUCGUCAACCCAAUCCCCGACACUGUGUAUAACAUGACCAUUUGCCUGUCCUCUGUUUGGCUUACUCAACUCUUCUCUCUCCUCACCUACUAUGUCUUUGUUGGGGGUCACAGUUUGUCUUUGUGUCUCUGUGGAAACCUUUCACUGUUUCCAUUUUGGAGGGGACUCUUUUGUUGUAUUUUUGUUCUGUUUUUAUUUUGUAAAGCUUAUGAUUCAUAUUGUAUUAGAGCCUCCAGCAACAAUAAAAAUGGUAAAAAGCU